GCGUCAAACGGCAGCGCUUUUGACCACACGACCGCCGGAGGCACAGUCGUGUUCGCAUCUGGUCUAACAGACCCGCGAGAACGAAGGACGCUUGCCUUUUUCCGGUCGGGGAAGAGGGAAGAAGGUAACUUCCGGUGACGGGGUUGCAUCACUUCCUCUCAAGCUUGGCGUUUGUUUGGUGGGUCCCACGCCGGAUCAACAUGCGUAUCGAGAAGUGUUAUUUCUGUUCGGGGCCCAUCUAUCCUGGACACGGCAUGAUGUUCGUCCGCAACGAUUGCAAGGUGUUCAGAUUUUGCAAAUCUAAAUGUCAUAAAAACUUUAAAAAGAGGCGCAAUCCUCGCAAAGUUAGGUGGACCAAAGCAUUCCGGAAAGCAGCUGGUAAAGAGCUUACAGUGGAUAAUUCAUUUGAAUUUGAAAAACGUAGAAAUGAACCUAUCAAAUACCAGCGAGAGCUAUGGAAUAAAACUAUUGAUGCAAUGAAGAGAGUUGAAGAGAUCAAACAGAAGCGCCAAGCUAAAUUUAUAAUGAACAGAUUGAAGAAAAAUAAAGAGCUACAGAAAGUUCAGGAUAUCAAAGAAGUCAAGCAAAACAUCCAUCUUAUCCGAGCCCCUCUUGCCGGCAAAGGGAAGCAGCUGGAAGAGAAAAUGGUACAGCAGUUACAAGAGGAUGUGGACAUGGAAGAUGCUCCUUAAAAAUCUCUGUAACCAUUUCUUUUAUGUACAUUUGAAAAUGCCCUUUGGAUACUUGGAACUGCUAAAUUAUUUUAUUUUUUACAUAAGGUCACUUAAAUGAAAAGCGAUUAAAAUACAUCUUUCCUACAUUGCCAUCUACAUAAUAUCAGAUAUUACGGAUGUUAGAUUGCAUCUCAGUGUUAAAUCUUUACUGAUAGAUGUACUUAAGUAAAUCAUGAAAAUUCUACUUAUAGAAGUGAAUUGUGGACGUAAAAUGGUUGUGCUAUUUGGAUAAUGGCACUAGGCAGCAUUUGUAUAGUAACUAAUGGCAAAAAUUCAUGGCUAGUGAUGUAUAAAAUAAAAUAUUCUUUGCAGUAAAAUAAAAUAUUCCCUUUGUUAAUGUUAUGGAAGGGGGGAUACAAAAAGGAACUAACAAUUUGUAAGGCAGUGUGAGAUAUUAUUUUUAUUUUAGUAUUUCCUGUUUUGGUUUAUUUGCAUCUUAGAAGAGCAUACUGACAUUGUUUGAUGAAGCCUAAUUAUGCUGGACUGUUUUGACCUGGUUUAACCCUUCUGAUAGGUAGUUGUGGAUGUUGGGGAUGAGAACUGAAUAAUCUUUUCCUGGAGUGACACUACACUCUAGAAUUUCCACUUUGGAGAAUACUCAGUUCUAACUUGUGAUUCCUGGUAGAACAAACUUUAUUUUUCUAGCCCAGCAAUGAUCUAGAAGCAGAGGAAUCCCAGCGCCUUUUAAAAGUUAUUAUGUGGUUUUCUUUUAAAAAGCUCCUGUUUUUGGAAAGUAGAAUUUAUGGGUACAACAUAUGUUCAUUAUUUGUACAUAAAAUAAAACCAUUUAAAAAGUAA